GUUGAAGUAAAGUGAAAUAAUCACGUAUUUUCAUGGUCUGUUAUGAAUAAAAAACUUUAAAUUGAAAAUCAUAUAUUGUAUAAAAAAUAAACACGUUAAAUUAAGAUAUAGUUAAUUUUUAAAUAGUUGUCAGCAAAUAUUGUCAUCAUGUCAGGUGCAUCAAAUCUUGCCCUUCUUCAGACACAGAUCCAGUCAACAGCUGGAGCUAUUCCAGUGUUGAAUGAAAAAGGUGAAGUGUCUAUGCAAAAAGUGAAAGUCUUUCGAUAUGUUUCUGGUAGAAGGCCUAAAUAUGCUCCUGAAGAAAGUAGUGAAGGCGAAAGCGAUGAUGAAUUCCCUUUUGAAAAAAAACCAAUAACUGCUGCUCCUGAACCUCAGCCAAUUGAUGAUGAAGAAGCUGCUAAGCAAGAUCCUAGAUUGAGACGUUUGUUAAAGCGAGAAGAUGUGGAAGAUGAUGAUGCUGAAGAUAGGAUUGAGCGACAUCGUCAUAUUCACGAGCCAGCUCCUGCUGGAGAUGUUAGUGAAGAUGAGCAAAUAGAAGGAAAACCUGUAAGAUGGCGAGAUGAAGAAGAAAGCAGUGAUGAAGAGGAGUUGGAUGAUGAGGAAAUUGAGAGAAGAAGAUUGCUAUUGAAAUUGAAAGCACAAGAAAAAGCUCAACAAGAGGAGGAACUACUUGAUUUAGAUGAUGAUGUAGAUAAAUCAGAGCCUGAUCAAUCUGAAGAAUCUGAAUAUGAAGAAUAUUCGGAUUCAGAAGAAGAAGUUGAACAAAGAUUAAAACCUGUUUUUGUUCGAAAGAAGGAUCGUAUCACUGUUCAAGAUAAGGAGCAACAAGCACAAAAAGAAAAAGAAUUAGAAAUUCUUGCUAAAAAGCAAGCUGAUGAACGGAGACGUCAAACUUUGAAGUUAGUUGAAGAAGAAACAAAGAAGGAGCUAAUGGAGCAGCAAGAAGUGCAGAAGGCUUCAGAUUUGGUUAUUACAGAUGAUGAAAAUGAUGAAGCUGCAUAUGAAGCAUGGAAACUUCGAGAAUUGAAGCGUAUUAAACGUGAAAAGGAUGUAAGAGAAGGAUAUGAGAAAGAAAAAAUGGAGAUUGAAAGAAUCCAUAGCAUGACUGAAGAAGAGAGACGCGCUGAGCAACGAACUAAUCCCCGUCUUGUCACUAAUAAAGCUGCCAAAGGAAAAUAUAAAUUCCUCCAGAAAUAUUACCACAGAGGAGCAUUUUUCUUGGACAAUGAAGAUGAUGUUUAUCGAAGAGAUUUCUCUGCACCUACUCUUGAAGAUCACUUUGACAAAACUAUCUUACCAAAAGUUAUGCAGGUUAAAAACUUUGGGAGAUCUGGGAGAACUAAAUAUACUCAUUUGGUUGAUCAAGAUACGACUAUUUUUGAUUCACCAUGGAUGGCUGAAACUGCUCAGAAUAUUAAAUUCCACCAUAAUCAGGCAGGAGGUAUGAAGCAAGUGUUUGAUCGUCCUUCUGCCAAGAAGAAGAGGAAGUUGUUAUAAUGUAUUGAGUAUCUUUUAACAAUGUGUAGAUAUCAACUGAUUUUCAUUUUGUAAAUAGGACUAUGCUAAUAGGAAAAUAAAUGUAUUUUAUUUUUGUUU